CCUUGCUUAUCAUUUGGAGCUUCCAACAUCACUUCAUACUACACUCGCUCUCCCUAGAACAAAAUCGGUGAUCUCCCUUGUCUCGUGACAAACAAAACUAAUUAAGACCAUGACGUCCAUCGGUACUGGAUACGACCUCUCUAAUUCUGUCUUCUCGCCAGAUGGCCGCAACUUUCAGGUGGAAUAUGCAGCUAAAGCGGUUGAAAAUGGAGGAACAGCCAUUGGUAUAAGAUGCAAGGACGGCGUCGUGCUAGCUGUCGAGAAGAUUAUUACUAGCAAGCUCCUGAAGCCAGGUGCAAAUAAGAGAAUAGCAACAGUCGAUCGACACGUUGGUAUUGUUUCUGCCGGCCUAGUCCCAGACGGUCGACACUUUGUCACUCGUGCUAGAGAUGAGGCUGCUUCGUGGAGAAGCGUAUACAAGGGCCCUAUCCCAGUGUCAGCUCUGUCAAAUCGUUUGGGCAGCUACGUACAAGCUUAUACCCUCUACUCCAGCGUACGACCUUUUGGUGUGACCGCUAUCGUUGGUGGCUGGGAUUCUGAAGCCGAGCUUGCCGUCGAUGGUCAAGUUGGCAGUGGGCCUAAAUCAGGCUCUGGGGGUAAAAUUGAUGGAGCUAGGGCUGGAGGCCCAGGUCUAUAUAUGAUUGAGCCAAGUGGGCUGUACUGGGGUUACUAUGGUGCAGCUACCGGGAAGGGGAGGCAGGCUGCUAAGGCUGAACUUGAGAAGUUAGAUCUAAGUUCGGGUAACCUGGGUUUGGUUGAUGCUGUAAAAGAGGCAGCUCGAAUCAUUUAUGUCGCUCACGAGGAUAGCAAGGACAAAGAUUUUGAGUUAGAAAUGUCUUGGAUUAGCUCACUAGAUGGGCCAACCCAGGGCAGGCAUGAAGAAGUGCCCAAACAACUUCUUGAAGAAGCAGAAAAGGCGGCAAAGAGGUCUCUAGAAGGUGAAGAUGAGGAGGAAGAGGAAGGAGCAAAGGAUGGCACCAACCAAGGGGAGCGGAUGGAGGAGUAGAAUGAACAAACCAAGGACGGAAUUUAAGAAUAUCCUAAUAUACGUUUUGUUCCAUUUCCAUCAAGUCGUUACUCCAGCAUAAUGUUGCGCAUACAUGAA